AUGUUUUUGAGUUGUUUUUUGAGUGAAAAGAGCUUUCCCCAAGGAGUCCCAUGGGAGAGGGGGCGGGUACACGGGCAAAGCCUCGUACGGAUGCCCCGGACUUCAUCGAAGAAAGGGUCUACAAAUUCUACCGCGACAUACAAUUCAUCAACUAUGGAUCUGUUUCGAGCCGCUUCUGGUAAAGCUGCAUCCAAAGAGCUGGAACGUAUUGAUCAAUUAUUUUAUUCAUAUGCAAACAAUUCCUCUGAUACGAUCGAACCUGAAGGAAUUGAGUCCCUUUGUUCAGAUCUGGAAGUUGAUCAUACCGAUGUCCGGAUAUUAAUGCUUGCUUGGAAAAUGCAAGCUAAAAAACAAGGAUAUUUCACCCGGGAAGAGUGGCGAGCAGGCCUUAAAGCUUUGAAAGUUCACACAAUAAGUAAAAUCAAGAAGGCACUUCCAGAACUUGAGAAAGAGGUCAGGAGGCCAUCAAACUUUGUGGACUUCUACUCAUAUGCUUUUAGAUAUUGCUUGACUGAGGAAAAGCAGAAGAGCAUAGACAUUGAAAGCAUUUGCAUUCUGCUGGAAAUUGUUCUAGGGUCGAAUUUUAGGCCCCAAGCCGAUGCGCUUAUUCAGUAUCUAAAGAUGCAGACUGAUUACAAGGUCAUUAACUUGGAUCAAUGGAUGGGGUUCUAUCGGUUCUGUAAUGAGAUUAGCUUCCCAGACUUCAGCAACUAUGAUCCAGAUCUUGCUUGGCCCUUGGUCUUGGAUAACUUUGUCGAUUGGAUGAGAGUCAAGGAGGAUUAA